GCCAGGCCUAAAAUUCGUGACUGGCGCAGGGCCUAGGUGCACGAAAGAAUCAUAACUGCGAUGGCCACCUCAGCCUACGCCGGAUGGACACGCGAACAGCUCCUGGAGCGGGUUUUGGAGCUCGAAAGAGGCACUAGUCUCCCAGGCGGAUCUUCAAAACCGACAGCAAACAAAGAGGAAAUUCAGGUACCCAAGCCCUUGAAGCCAUUCGACUUUUACAGCUACCCAAGGCGGAAGAUCGCUCUCAAGUUCAGCUACGCUGGCUGGGAUUAUGGAGGGCUAGCCUACCAACCAGACGAUACACCAUUACCAACGGUAGAAGGUGUUCUCUUCGAUGCGUUAUCGACAGCCCAUUUGGUGGAUUCGAAUGCUGGGUUAGAGGGUUGCGGCUGGGAAAGAUGCGGGAGGACAGAUCGAGGGGUCAGCGGGGCGAGGCAGAUCGUGUCGGUGUGGGUACGGAGUGCGCUGCGCAAGGAAGAACUUGCAGAGGCAGAUAUACGACCAGGGCCUGUGGCUUUCCCCCCAAACAGCCGCCGCGCUGCCAUGGACGACGACGACGACUUGCCGGAACGAGUCGACGACGAACCAGUGAUUGUCAACGGCCAAGAUCUUUGGAAGCCCGACACAGUAGAGCCCCAGUCUCGCAACGAGCACGACUACGUGUCGAUUCUAAAUCGCCUCCUUCCCGAGACCAUCCGAGUCUCUGCCUGGUCCCCAGUACCAUCCACCUUCUCAGCCCGAUUCUCGUGCAAUUUCCGACAUUACAAGUACUUUUUUACUCCCAAAGGUCUCGACAUCGUUCGCAUGCAGGAAGCUGCAGGCCGUCUAAUCGGCGAGCACGAUUUCCGAAACCUAUGCAAGCUGGAUCCCGCAAAGCAGAUCACCAGUUUCAAGCGCAAGGUCAUGAGUGCACAUAUUGAACGACUGAACGACAAUCUCCAUGUCUUCAACCUCACAGGAAGCGCGUUCCUAUAUCACCAGGUUCGACAUAUCAUGGCCAUCUUAUUCCUCAUCGGAAUGGGUAUGGAGUCGCCAUCGCUCGUCUCCAAUCUCUUGAACGUCACCUCCGACUCAGAGGUGCCCAGAGCCGAUGAUUUGCCCUACGAAAUCGUUGAUCGAAAACCAGAAUACCAGAUGGCCGAUGGACUCCCUCUGAUGCUUUGGGAUUGUGGUUACCCUGAAGGGACCUUCGACUGGAGGACGACAGGAAAGCCAGAUGCAGGACCGCUCGCCACAGGCGGCACACUCUACGACCAACUCGACAACAUCCUCGUUCGAUCCAAUAUUUAUUCCGCACUGAACGAGCACUUCCUCCUCGCCGCCGCUCAACACCAUCCACCACCACCAUCAAUCUUCCCGCUCUCCGAUCCAAGCCAGCUUGCUCAGCGGAAAGGAGCCAGAGAUCCAAUAAAUGUGCAUCUUGGGGGAGGAACGUUCAAGCGGGUAGUCAAAUAUACGCCCGUGUUGAAGCGGAACCGAUUGGACACGGUAGAGGUGGCCAAUGAGAGGUGGCGGUUGGGCAAAGGAGCGCGGAAAUCCGAGAAAAAGGUUACCAAGGAGGGGCCAGAGCCUGUGACCAACCCCGCGGAUGCCUGA